UAUAAAACUAGUCGAUGAUAAACAAUAUUCAGUCAGUCCAUCAUUCUCAUCGCGAAGGUAUACAUAUAGUUGAAAGUGCGCCGAUCAAAAUGCGCCGGUACUACUCGCACUAUUCUUUGUUGUUGCUCUCGUUGUUUUUCGCUGCCGCGAAUUCCGAAAGGUUUAGGGUCAUUAGAGAAUGGAAGUAUAUAAACUUCACGUGGUCCAAUGCAGAUGUGUAUGAUAAUGCAAUUUCUAGGGGCUUUUACGUGCCUGAAAAUAACAUUAUCUCAGGACUAAAGUUUUUCGAAGAUUACUAUUACAUAACACUCCCAAGGAUGAAGGAUGGAGUACCUGCUACUCUAGCUAGAAUCCCAACAGGACCCACAGCUAUCACCGCUCCAGCUUUUGAACCUUUCCCGUCGUGGGAAAUGAACACUGAAGGUGAUUGUAACGCUUUUCAGAACGUACAGAAUAUAGAAAUCGACCCGAAAGGGCAAAUGUGGAUUAUUGACAGUGGCAGGACUGAAACUUUGACUAGUCCAUCGUCUCGGUGUCCACCGAAGUUGGUUAUUUUUGAUAUUAAGAAGAAUAUGACCACAACCGCUUAUACUUUUCCUGACAGUGUGGCUAGUUUAAAUUCUAACUUCUUGUACGAUAUUGUGGUGGACGACACAGACUCAGGAUACGCUUAUAUUACGGAUAACAGUGCUAAGGAUCCAGGUAUAAUCAUAUUUUCUGUGAAAGACCAUCAUUCAUGGAAGAUCCGCCAUUCAGAGAGCAUGCGGGCAGAUCCAACAGCAACGACUUUUAGAGUUAAUGGUGUCAUUAUUAACUCCCCGCUGAAUUUAGCAAGUAUCGCAUUAGGUCCACGAGUUCGUAUUAGCGAGGAAAAACUUAUUGUCGAUGACGACAGAGAAGUGUUUUACAGUCCUAUAUCUAGUCUUAAGAUGUACUCUAUUAAUACCACGGUACUGAAAAACGAACAGAAUGGAGCUAAUAAUGGUGAAUACCAGGGAAAUGUUAAUACAAUUGGUAUCAAGGGAUCACAAUCAGCAGGUAUGUUAAUGGAUAAUAAAGGAAUCCUGUACUAUACUUUGCUGGGUACCAGUAGCAUAGCAAAAUGGGACAUACAAACUCCAUUCAUGACAAAACAACGUAUUAUAGCAAGAGACGAGAAAUACUUACAAUGGCCCAACUCAUUCACUUUCGAUAAGAGCGGCAAUCUUACCAUUCUGGUAAAUCAACUUAAUAAGUUCAUCUACGAUAGAAUAGACAUCAACCAGUGGAAUUAUCGACUUGUGGCAUCACAUACGGGAGGAGAAAGUUACCUUUACAGCCAAGCCUUCGAUUAUGACAUUACAGCGAAGCAAACUAGUACUACAUCAACAUCUAACCCAGUUGUAAUUCCAGAGCGUGACAGUGAACCCGCUGUAAGUCCAGAACCUACCGCUGAACCCGUCGCAACAAUAGUACCUAAACCAGCACCAGAGCCUCAAGCCCAACCUGAACCCACCACACAACCAGAGCCUACAGCAAAACUUGAAUCUAAAUCAGAACCGGAGGUUAAGGCCGAACCCAAACCUAAGGAGGAUCCUGAGCCUAAAGCAGAACCUGAGCCUAAAGCGGAACCUGAACCUCAAGCAGAAUCAGUACAGACAAACCAAACGGUAACAACAGAAGAAAAUACCAAAGAUAAAUCAUCAGCCUCUACGGCAGUUUCAACUAUUAUAGGUGUUGUUUUAGCUUGUAGUUUAUUCGUUGUAUGAGUACAUUAUUGCAUAAAGUGAUGUGAUACUGUUAAAAACUUUUAAACAGGUGUUACCAAUUAGAAUAAGUACAAAAGUGGGUUAUUGACUGUGAGAUUGUUUUGUUUACUAUAAGCUUUAUUGUCCAAUAUUCUGUAAUAUUUUAAGUAUAGUAGAAAAUAAAGAAAAAAUCCAAUA